AUGAAGACGUUCACUCUCGCCGCUGUCAUUAGCCUUGUUGCUACUUCGAUGGCUUGCCUCGACCCCAUCUAUCCUGGCGCGAAGGGUUUCUCGAACAUCGGAUCCGACGCUAAGACCUUUACGCCUGGUAACAAGGCUUAUCCCCUCAAGUUUGCAAACCUCGCUACGCUUACCGUUGCCAUCAAGGGCAGCCCGGAAAAUGUCGAUCUUGUCGUGGAGCCUAUCCACUACAAAAAGCUUGAUAUUAAGAUCACUCAGACGGAUAAUUCUGGCAAACCCAUCCUUCAGUGGCACUUGAAUGGCCAGGGCACGACGUUGAAGGAGUGCCUGGAUAUUAGCAAACACGGUCAUGGGGGCAAGUUCUACACCGAGAUUGAGGAGAAGAACUAA